AAAAAAGCUGAGAGCAAAAAGAAUCGAUCAUUCAUAAUAGAGCAGAGAGACGGAGACAGACGACAAGGAGGGGCUGAUAGGUUUCACCGAAGCUGAGAGAAAUCAUCAAAGAGUUUGAGCUAGAUUAUGAAUUCGGGAGGAGGAAUCGUUGCUGCACCAACAACAGCAGCUCCUUCAAGCGGCGGUGGAAACGUUGAGUGGCAUGUCCGACCACCGAACCCUAAAAACCCAGUCGUCUUCUUCGAUGUCUCUAUUGGUGGCAUCCCCGCCGGUCGUAUCAAGAUGGAGCUUUUCGCCGACAUUGCUCCCAGAACCGCUGAAAACUUCAGGCAGUUCUGUACUGGUGAACACAGAAAGGUUGGAAAACCUCUUGGUUACAAAGAAUGUCAGUUUCACAGGGUUAUCAAGGAUUUUAUGGUUCAAAGUGGUGAUUUUCUUAAGAAUGAUGGUAGUGGAUGUGUGUCAAUUUAUGGCCACAAGUUCGAUGAUGAAAAUUUUACUGCCAAACAUACUGGCCCAGGAUUGCUCUCCAUGGCAAACAGUGGACCAAACACAAAUGGGUGCCAGUUCUUCAUCACCUGUGCAAAAUGCGACUGGCUUGACAAUAAGCAUGUUGUCUUUGGGAGAGUGCUUGGGGAUGGUUUAUUGGUGAUGCGGAAGAUUGAGAACGUGGCUAUCGGACCAAAUAACCGACCUAAGCUUGCGGUUGUAAUUACUGAGUGUGGGGAGAUGUGAAAUGUUUUAACCCUCACCCAGCCAAAAGGCCAAAACAGUCCUUGAAGAACCUUUCCGCUGAAGGAGUAAUGUAGUGAGAGAGCCUAUUAGUUGUCAGCUUACGCAUUGUGACAGAAGUUAUCAUUUGUAUUUUAGCAAAAACAAUUUGUUAGAUUCUCUUUCUAUUUAGUGCCAAACUAUGAAACAUUUCCUGAAAGAAAUCAAAUUUUUGUUUGGUGGUAAA